GUCCUGGGAAGCAGACUGGUUUGAAAACUUGGAAGGAUUUCACCAUGAUCCUCAGCCCCUGCCUGUGCCCUGAGCUGCUCAGCCCAGCAGUGAAGGCAGGAGUCUGGCUGCCAACCUGUGGGAGGAUGCUGUGAGAGAGCAGGUUAAAUGAAUACCUGACGGUGGGGGAAAGAGAGAGAGAAAAAAGGGCCCAAGGUUUUUCAAAGCAAGUGAAAUUUGAUAGCCAGAGGAGAGCAGAGGAAAAGUGGCUAAUGAAAAUCUAACCGUCGGAAUUCUACAUGUGAAUCCAAUUGUGUGGCUGCGAGCAAUGAUCAGCAGUGUCUCUGUUUAUGGCUUGAAGAUGCAGUGGACGCCAGAACACGCACAGCCUCUCAGCCAGUGGCCCGAACAGCACUUUGACAUCUCGUCCACCACUCGCUCCCCGGCCCACAAAGUCGACGUGUUCCGAGGUCACCUGCAGCGAACCUACCAGUACGCCUGGGCCAAUGACGACAUCUCCGCCCUCACCGCCUCCAACCUGCUCAAGAAAUACGCGGAGAAGUACUCGGGGAUUCUCGAGGCCCCCGGCGAGCGAGGCUUGUUGAACAGCUACUCCGAGCUGGUGCCCGGUCUGGUGAACGGACGCAAAAAUGAGAGCGAGCUGUGGCAGUCGGCUGUCACCUCCGACAGCGUGUACUCCAUGAGCUGUGUGCCCGACGUGAUUACGGUCAGCAAGUCGGGGCUGACCGCGGUCCUCCCAACACCUGCGGAUGCUUCCGGUGGCACGAUGGGCAGCCCCCCCGGGGUGGAGUCGGGCUACUCCAGCUCCACCUGUAACAGUCACGCUGUCCCAGGCCUUCACUCCGGCCUCCAGCCCGUGGGAACGUCUCAGGAUUACGUCACCGGUUACAACGGCUCUUACCUCCACUCGAGUUACAGCAGCCAGUCGGCCUCGGGCCAUCCCUCACCUCACCCCUCACCUUUACACAGCUCCGGCCUGCUCCAGCCCCCGCCCCCCCCGCCUCCCCCCAGCCUAGUCCCAGGCUACAACGGAGGCUCCCCCAACCUCUCAGCGGUGUACAACUACCCCCCCGCUAGCUACCCACCGCAGACCCCUGGAUACAGUCCUGGGGGUGGUGCCCCCCCACCCUCCACUUAUCUGCCCUCGGGUAUCCCUGCUCCCACCCCCCUCCCCCCCACCACUGUCCCCGGUUACAGCUAUCAGAGUCACGGGCUGUCACCUCUCGCCCCGUCCCCGCUCAGCAACAGCUCGGCCCAUUCCCUGAAGAGGAAAGCUUUCUACAUGGCGGGGCAGGGGGAGCUGGACUCCAGCUACGGCAGUUACAGCUACGUACAGCAGCGGACUGCACAGAGCCCCAUGUACCGGAUGCCAGACAAUAGCGUCUCGAACGCGAGCCGGGGAAACGGCUUUGACAGGAGCGUGGAGUCGGUAUCGUUAGCAUUUAAACCCACCAAGCAGCUGAUGGUCGUCGACCAGCAAAGGAAGUUCAGCAGCCAGUCAGGCCGGGCGCUGACCCCGCCCUCGUACAGCGCUAGCAAGAAUUCUUUGGGCCCAGCCUCGAGAUCGAGCGAACCUUUCGGGAAAUUCCCUUCGCCGGUGAUGAGCGACCACAGCGAGGAGCAUAGACAGCUCCUGCCUCAUCCCUUACAGGCCACGGGAAUCCGUGCGGCUACCUCAUCCAACAGGCUCCCAGACGAGCAGUUGAAGAACGCAGACCCACACCUCAUCGAACUGGUCACCAAUGAAAUCAUCAACCAGGGCCCUCCAGUCGACUGGAGCGACAUCGCGGGACUGGAAAUGGCCAAGGCCGCAAUCAAAGAGGAGGUUUUAUGGCCCAUACUGAGGCCAGAUGUGUUUACGGGACUCAGCGCGUUGCCCAAAAGCCUCCUGUUCUUUGGGCCUCGAGGGACAGGCAAGACUCUGUUGGGCAGGUGCAUAGCCAGUCAGCUGGGGGCCACCUUCUGCAGGAUCAGCGGCUCCGCACUUAUCUCCAAGUGGCUGGGGGAAGGCGACAAGAUCCUCCACGCCUCGUUCCUGGUGGCUCGCUGUCGCCAGCCGUCGGUCAUCUUCAUCAGCGAAGUGGAUCUGCUCCUCUUCUCGGAGGUCAGCGAGGAGCCCAGCCCAGUCAGCCGCAUCAAGACCGAGCUCCUCAUGCAGCUGGACACAUCAGUCACCUCGGCAGAGGACCAGCUGGUGAUCAUCUGCACCACCAGCAAACCAGAAGAGAUGGACGAGGCCGGACGCAGAUACUUCAUGAAGAGACUCUUGAUCCCGUUGCCUGAUGGCAGUGCCCGGCACCAGAUGGUAAUACACUUGCUCUCACAGCACAACUACUGCCUCAGUGACAAGGAGAUCGCACUGACCGUACAGCGUACAGAGGGCUUCUCUGGCUUGGAUAUGACUCACUUGUGUCAGGAAGCCGUGUUGGGCCCACUCCACGCCAUGCAGUCCACAGACCUUUCCGCCAUCAUGCCUAACCAGUUGAGGCCGGUCACUUACCAAGACUUCGACAGCGCGUUGUGCAAGAUUCAGCCCAGCGUCUCGCAGAAAGAGCUGGACGUGUACGUUGAAUGGAACAAAAUGUUUGGCUGCAGCCAAUGACAAAGCCUAUGAAUACCACAGUGAUCAAUUAUUGGUCACAAGAAUGUGCUGCAUAGGGACCACUAUCCCAACCCCAAUACCCCAUCCCCCAA